UCGUUUUUGUAUCUCAUUCUCUCCCAUCCUUUUGUGUCAUAUCUUUGUCAAGAUAUCAUUGAUUCCUUAAAAUAAAUAUUUUCAUGCCUCAUUCUGCUCUUGGGAUGGAAAAUGUACUAGUUCUUCGUCAGACCCUGUACUUAAUUUCUUUAAUGACAAUAAUCCGUGAUAAAAAUACCGACCAUUCUGCAUUUGUCAGAACAUCUAAUAUUAUUAUCACCAUGCUUGUUCAAGAAGCAAUGAAUCAUGUUUCUAUGAAGAGAUGCCUUAUUGCCAGUGGUUCGGGUGGUACGUAUCUUGGGCUAAAGCCUGCCCAAGAAAUUUGCGGUGUAAGUAUUUUGAGAGCUGGUGAAAGCAUGGAACAUGGCUUGAAUUCUGCUUUUCAUUCCGUGCCCAUUGGAAAAAUGCUUGUGCAGAGAAAUGAAUCUACUUUCGAAUCAAAACUUCUCUUUUGCAAAUUGCCCAAAGGCAUUGAAACCUUUUUGGUCUUUCUUAUGGAUCCUUUAUUGGCAACAGGGAAUUCUUCUAUUCUUGCUAUCCAAGUUCUAUUAGAAAAAGGUGUUCCUGAGGAAAAUAUCGUUUUUCUCAAUCUCAUAUCUUGUUCUCAAGGCGUCGAAAACAUUCGAAAGCAAUUUCCUAGACUUAGAUUGAUUACUGCUGCUAUCGAUCCAGAGUUGAAUGAUCAACGCUAUGUUGUACCUGGUUGUGGAGACUUUGGCGACCGUUAUUUUGGCACCUAUUAAAUCCGUUUUAAUUAUACGCAAAAGUACACACUUUCUUUUUGCUUGCAGUCAUCGGUGCUAUGCAUUUUUUAAUUGUAUACAUAAAUAUAUUAUUUAAUAAACUAUGUAUUGUAUCAUUUAUGUAACCC